AUGGAGGGGGACAGAGGCAGUGGAGACGAGGGGAGUCAUCAGCAGCAGAAUGGCCGUCCCGGGAGAGGAGGCCGUCAGCAGCGUAACGGGGAGGACGGUAACGCUGCCUUCACUCCAUCAGACCUGCAGAGCGACGACGAUGACCCGACUCUCAGGAAAGCAGUUCGGAGCAGAUAUAGAGACCUUAUCAACAGCAUACAACAGAAUAGAGAGGAUAUGCUGAGUCCCUCCAACAAUAGACUGACAGAAGUUUUAGAAGAAGCAAACAACCUUUUUAACGAUGUGCGGCAGUCCAGGGAAGCAGCUCUGGAUGCCCAACUCCUUGUUUUGGCCACAGACCUGGGAAAGGAGAAAGCCAGUCAAAUGUUAGCUGAGGGUUCUGCUUUUGAUACCAGCACUUUUGCGGAGCGUCUUUUGUCAUUCAUGGGUCUAAACCGACUAGAAGAGGACGAGGACGAGAACAACGGAGGGACAGCUGAUGGCUACCUUCCCCCGGAUGCUUGGCACAAAUUAGCCAGAAGAGCAGAGUGCUGUUUCAGGACAGCACCGUCCUUCCACUUCAUGAGGGGCUCUUUCCACGCAGAGCCUCCACCCCCAAAACAAAAGAUAGCACGGCAAAGCAAAGCACCCAGCAAGCAAGCCAAACGGGUGAUGCCCACUCAGCUGAAGAAAUUGGAUGAGUGCCAACAAGAAGCAACUGAGAAAGAGGUGGAAAGGAUCCUGGCGUACCUAAGGGGUUAUCACGAAGAUGAUCCAACAUCGCCAAUAUUGUACUACGAGUUUGUCAUCGACCCCAACUCUUUUUCCCGGACAGUAGAGAACAUUUUCCACACAUCUUUUCUAGUCAGGGACGGUUUGGCACGGCUGUAUCUAGAUGAUGACAAAUUGCCUUGUAUAGCGCCUGUAGCGGAGGGAGAUGUGGAAGCUGGAGGAUCGUCCAACCGUCAACAGUGCAUCAUCUCCAUAUGUCCACAGAUGUGGAAGGAACUCAUAGAAGCCCUCGACAUCAGCGACACAAUGAUUCAGCCUCCUUCCACACAGAAUGAGUGAGGGACCACGUCACUUUUUGUUGGCUGAAUCCAAAGUUGUUUUUAG